CGCCAGCCUGUUCAACAUCUCUACCUCAAGCAUUUGUUGCCAGUUACUUCCUGCUCGGACUGUAUACCUGACCGAGAUAAACGCUUACGGAACGUAAACAAAAACCUGAGUGUACAGGAACGCGGGACUUCAUCCGAGGUUGAUGCCCCCACAUGUCCCGUGAACGGGCCUCCGCGGAGUUCAGCCAUAGCACAAAUGCAUUGCCAGAUGAGGACGACGAAUACUUCGAGCAGAUAAGGAGCUAUGAGGACUUCACCACCAUCGAUUGGAUCCAGGAUGCCAUUAUAGAACGGAAUCGACGCCUAAGGGCCAACCAGAAGCUGCAGUCGGUCUAUCUCGGUUACAGAUCACGCAAAGAAACCAUUAUUGCCUGGCUGUGGUCUCGACUAUGGCGCAUCGUGGAUGCAGGACAGAGUUGGUUUGUUGUCAGUCUGGUUGGCAUGUGUAUUGGGAUCAACGCUGCUCUCAUCUCGAUUGUUACUGCUUGGCUGUCUGACUUGAAAAUGGGCUAUUGCUCGGAUGCAUGGUGGCUAAACCGUCAGUUCUGUUGCUGGGAGAUCGAAGGCGGUGACGAGGCAUGCGAUUCGUGGCAUUCAUGGGGUGCAGUCUUACCUGUGAGAUGGACUGUUUACGUGCUAUUUGCUUGCACGUUUUCUUUCACAGCUGCACAUCUAGUGAGAGCCAUAGCCAGAUAUGCAGCGGGCUCAGGUAUCUCGGAGAUCAAGUGCAUCAUUGGUGGCUUCAUUAUGAAAGGGUACCUUGGCUUUUCAACAUUCUUCAUCAAGAGCAUGACGCUUCCUCUAGUAAUUGCGUCCGGAUUGUCAGUAGGCAAAGAAGGCCCUUCGGUGCACAUGGCAUGCUGUAUAGGCAAUCUCGUCGCGGGCCUCUUCAGCAGGUAUUCACGCAACCAAGGCAAGAUGAGGGAAAUCUUGACUGCCUCGAGUGCAGCCGGAGUCGCUGUUGCUUUCGGUUCACCUAUAGGUGGUGUCUUGUUCUCCAUCGAGGAAAUGAGUAGCAUCUUCAGCAUCAAGACCAUGUGGAGAAGUUUUUUCUGUGCUCUGAUGGCGACCGUGACGCUGUCUGCUAUGAAUCCGUUUCGGAGCGGGAAGCUAGUAUUGUUUCAAGUAACCUAUGACCGCGACUGGCACUUCUUCGAGAUCAUAUUCUUUGUGAUCAUCGGCGUCUUUGGGGGCUUGUACGGUGCAUUCAUGGUGAAGUUCAACCUACAAGUGGCAGCUUUCCGGCGGAAGCACCUUGCCAACUAUCCUGUGGCCGAAGCAGUCACCUUAGCCACUAUCACUGCUAUGGUCGGCUAUUUCAACCGGUUCAUCCGAAUUGACAUGACAGAGAGUAUGUCGAUCCUCUUCCGGGAGUGCGAGGGUGGAGGCGAUUACGACAACAUAUGCCAGACUUCGGUACAAUGGCCCAUGGCCAAUUCUCUCUUCCUCGCAACUGUAUUGCGGAUAGGUCUUGUCACCGUCUCGUAUGGCUGCAAAGUCCCUGCGGGCAUCUUCGUGCCUUCCAUGGCGAUCGGUGCCACAUUUGGACGCAUGCUUGGUAUCAUCGUGAAGGCUCUAUAUCGUGCAAAUCCACAGUCGAGCAUGUUCGCCGUAUGCCAACUUGAUGUGCAAUGCAUCACUCCCGGAACAUAUGCCUUCCUUGGUGCUGCGGCGGCACUCAGUGGAGUCAUGAGGCUGACGAUAACUGUUGUCGUGAUCAUGUUUGAGCUAACAGGAGCUUUGACGUAUAUCUUGCCUACUAUGAUCGUCCUCUUGGUCACGAAAGCCGUCGGAGAUUUUCUCGGGACGACCGGCAUCGCGGACGAAAUGAUUCGCUUCAAUGGCUACCCGUUUUUAGAGAAGGAUGAUGAAGCUUAUAAUGUACCAGUGUCGAAGGUAAUGAGAAGUGACCUACAUACGCUAUCUGCAUCAGGGCUAACUGUGCGCGAUAUUGAGGAGCGCCUGAGAAGCACAGACGUAAAAGGAUUCCCUAUUAUCUCAGAUGAUGCUAGUCGGACUCUCGUUGGCUACAUAGAACGUUCCGAACUGCGAUACGUGCUGGAGAGAUCGCGCAGAGUGCGAAAUAUCGCACUGGAAACGCCAUGUUCUUUCGCAUCUGAUAGGGAAGACCAUAGGCAGGUUGAGGCCCAUGCCGACCUUCCCAACAUGGCCUCUGGACCUGCAGUAGGGAUUGACGAGGACAUAUGUAUGGAGAUCAUUGAGACUACUGCGACACCGGAGGUCCUUAAAUUCUGGCCAUGGGUGAACCAGACCCCUCUUACGGUCUCUCCUCAACUUCCACUAGAGAUCGUUAUGCAGCUAUUCAAGCGAAUGGGCCCUCGAGUCAUCCUGGUAGAAGACAGAGGCAUGCUCGUUGGACUUGUCACCGUCAAAGAUGUGCUUCGGUUUACUCUCGCUGAACAUCAUCACGUGCAAUCUGCGUGGAGCGAGCAAGAGUUUGAGGGAAUCAUCGAGGAAGUAUGGACAUGGACCUGCGAUCGAGCUGAUGCGUUCACGUCGUGGUGUCGCAGACUCUUCCGUCGCUAGCCUUAUCUGCACGAUAUACUCUUGUUUCAUGUUAUGGAAAUGGCAAUGUCCGCUAUUUAUAUGUCGCUUCCCCUUUCAUACUGCUUGAUUAGCGCGAAAUCAUGCAGAGACAUCGUGACCGACAUUUGGAAAUGGGGUGAUACCGGGGUUCAUGGCAUACGGGCAGGGU